ACCAUCCUCAUGCCCAUCCUCCACUUCUCAUUCAGCAAACAAACAAAAAUGUCUACUCCUACUCCUCUACUUCUCUUCUUCACUGCUCUUUUUACCAUUAUCUCCUUCGCCGGAGCACAGUCGCCGCUCUUUCUAACCCUAGUCAACAACUGCCCCUACACUAUUUACCCAGCCAUCCAGCCCAACGCCGGCUCCCCCGUCCUCGAAAAAGGCGGCUUCCCUCUCAACACCCUAACCCACCGCUCCUUCCCCGUCCCCAACCACCACUGGUCCGGUCGGAUCUGGGCAAGAACCGGCUGCUCCCACCACAACGGUUACUUCCACUGCGCCACCGGAGACUGCGAUCGCCGAAUCGAAUGCAAUGGACUCGGCGGCGCCACCCCUGCAACUCUAGCUCAGCUCACCUUCCACCAUGGCCAUAAUGACUUCUCAUCUUACGGAGUCUCUCUAGUCGACGGGUUUAACAUUCCGAUGACGGUUACUCCCCAUGAAGGUAAAGGUAACUGUCCUGUAGUUGGGUGCAGAGCGAAUAUUCUUGCCACGUGUCCGGAGAAGCUGCAGAUGAGGUACCCCGGCGGUCAUGGUCCGGUGGUGGCGUGUAAAAGUGGGUGUGAAGCGUUUGGUACCGAUGAGCUGUGCUGUCGGAAUCAUUAUAAUAGCCCGCAGACAUGCAGAGGUUCGAGUUAUUCGGAGUUUUUUAAACAUGCUUGUCCCGCCACCUUUACUUAUGCUCAUGAUAAUCCUUCUCUGAUGCACGAGUGUUCUUCGCCGCGUGAGGUUAAAGUUAUUUUCUGUCAUUAAAUGACAUGAAAAUAAUUAAUUGAAUAAAUUUAGCUGUUCUUGCUUUGUUUCUGGUUCUGCUAUAUAUCUGUAUGAAUAUUUAGCGAGACUCUGAGAGAGAGAUUAGAGGAAGGUGAUGGAUUGGAAUGUAUUUUAACGUGUAAUGGAUUUGUGUCUAAUUAUGAUUUUGAAUGUUUGUGUUUUCGUUGAGAAA